UGUGUGUGUGUGUGUGUGUGUGUGUGUGUGUCUGCCCGUGUGCCUCCGUGAGUGAUGCAGGCCUUUUUGACAUUUUCAGCAGCAGAAUCCGUUCGGGUCAGUUUACUUCCCACCUCCCCCAUCAUUACUACCUAUAGGUCACCGUAAGCAGAGUCACUCAAAGAAACUGGCCUUGGAUUGGAGUAAAGAAGGGGAAUGUGAGUGUGUGUGUAUGUGUGUGUGUGCGUGUGAGAGAAAGAUGCGUUCCCUCAGUAGGGGCCCGUUCAGCUGGAGGCAGAGCGAAAACCAGACGGGAAUUUUCUUUGGUAUAGGGAAGAAGUCUAUUCUAGGUAACUAUAUACUUUUUACCUCUAGUAUCCCAACUGCCAAUUAUUUAAAUUGCUUACAAACCACACAGACAUUCAAUUUCCAAUUACUUGAUACAGCACCACAAAAAAUUAAUUGAUUCCCGAUAACUUAUGUCAAGUAACUUUGUGCAUUUCGACUGAUCGUUCCAGCACUGAUUACUUGUGUCUCGAGCGGCCUUAAAAGCAUGGCUUGAUGCUCAGAGAAAUGAUUGGUGGAGGUCUUUCCCCGUCACACUCAGUUCUGCUGCAACCAAACAUCUAAACCCGUGCAGCUGUUUAUUCUGGUAUUUUCCACUGGUCUAUCGCUGUGCGUAGUAGUAUGCUUUGCUUUUUCUUGUGUGUCUCUACCAGGGACAGCUACAAAGAAUCGGAGAGCAGCAGAGGGAGUUCUGUAGUUACCAGUCAGCUUUGAAACCUCGGCGUGUCUGGAAGGAAACAUGGUGAGCAAGGAGGGCGGCAAAUGCAUGCUCACCAACUCAGAGUCUGACUCGGAGACAGCGCCCCUGCCCUCCACCUCGCUGGCGCUGGAGGUGAAAUAUUCCCUGGAAGCCAGUCGACAGGUGAGGAAGAGAAACAAGGCCCUGCAAGUGCGUUUCAAGGAUAUCUGCGAGGCACAGAACGAGCAGAGGGAGGCGGAGCUGCAGGCAGCAGGGAAAGGCGGCAAGCCCAUCUCCUACAAGGUGGCGUACCGCAAGUACAUGACCGUCCCCGCCCGCCGCUCCAUCCCGAACGUCACAAGAAGCACAGGCGUGCAGACGUCCCCCGAUCUGAAGAAACGCUACCAGACCUUUCCCUUUGAGCGCAAAAAAGGCCACACCUUUAAGCACGUGGCGGCCGUGGAAACGUACAGAGGUCAGAAUAACGGCUUUGUCAUGGAGGUGAAGCCGCCCAAAGCUGCCGGGCAGGGUUUAGACGAGGAGGAGGAGGGAGCCUGCGGUGGGAGUGGAGUUCGGAGGACCAGGGCUCUGCUCCAUACUAAUGAGUGCAUCGCCACAGUGGAGCAGCACACUGCACCUGAUGGCCUGUGCUCUGACGCGCUGCAGCUCAGUUGCGCCGCAGACACGGACCGCCUCGCAGGCACGCAGAGGGGGGGCGGAGCCGGAGCGCGGGACGAAUACCAGCUCUGCAGUGUCCCAUCCAAAGCCAGGACAGGAUUACAACACAGGGAGGCCGACGUGGACCGCUCGGCCAAGAGGCAGCUGCUCAAUCUGGAGGCGGGCUCGUCCCAGACCCUGCCGGACAGGGCCUCCAAGGUUACGGGCCCUAUCGCCUGGAACUCCCUCACGCAGGUGGAGUGCUUGGACAGUCCGUCAGUGCGUAGCAAGCGGAAAAAAGCGCUGCAGCUCAACGGGCUGCAGAGUGAGACGCUACCGCGUUCCGGCAGAGGCUGCACAACGCAGGCACAGUGCCACACGGGACAGCUAUCUGCCCGGCCUCUGCAGGGCAUGGACGAGCCUCUGACACCGUGUGGAGGGGACGAGGCUGGCGGUGCGGCGCCCGACCAAACACAGGAGGCCUGCAAGCAAAUAGUGCCUAUGAAACAGGACGGGGAGGCUAAAGCACAGCUCCAGGCAAUGGAAAAUCUCAUCAGCUCCAGCCAGGAGACCAUCAAAGUGCUGCUGGGGGUCAUCCAGGAGCUGGAGAAGGGGGAGGCCCACAGAGAAGGACUCACCUAUCGAACAGGACAGGACACGGCCAACUGCGACACGUGCCGGAACAGCGCAUGCAUUAUUUACAGUGUGGAGCUGGACUUCAAGCAGCAGGAGGACAAGCUGCAGCCGCUGAUGACGAGGCUCGGCCCCACGCUGGACGGCCAUUUCGCCUCCCUGCCUUACCCACAGGAGGCGUUCACCUCCACCCCCAAGCGCAAGUCCAAAGCCGACUCCAAGAAGCACGCCCGCUGGAAACUUUGGUUUCUGUGAAGACGCGGAAACCGCCUCCUUAACCAGCCCUUCGAUGCAGAGGAUUAAUGCGCCCACCUGGCUGGCCAAAGUUCUUUUUUUCCUUUUAUUUAAACACCUACUUAGCUUCUGGCACACCUGGCCACACUGACGGAGAGCGCCACAAGCCGAGACUCCGUGUGCCCUGUCCGAGAUGACAGGACGUGUAAUGGGACACGAUUCCAAAAUGUCCGCAUACCGCAAAUGGAUUCAGAGUUAUUUUUGAACUUAUUUCUUCAAACAAGGUGUGAAAUCGCACCGCAGCAACACGUUUGGAGAUCAGUGAGGUGAAAAGACGAAUCCGAUUUCCCUCUUUGCAUAUAUUUUUCUAGCAGACAUCUGCGGGGUCCUGAUCUACCAAAGUGGUUGAGUGACCAUCACGUUUCCAGCCACACGUUGGGACUCUCGUCCUCUCUUUCCAGCCUCCAGGAGAGGAUGGCUAAUCACCCAGGAUGCUCUGAAGGUCCACCUCAACAGCAUAUCUCUGCACCGCAAAGCACAAUUUACACUGUUCAGGAUACCUUUUCUCCAGAGUAAUUAAAAAUAACUAUUUUGAGUAUCAACUCACAAAUGUAGAUCACCUACCAACUAUGACAGAAUGAAAGACUUUCAUAAUAUAUAAAGAGACCGAAAGGACAAAGAAGUAAGCAAUGUUUAUUGGAGUUCUUUGAUCAACUUUCUAUCCAUCUCUAAAAUGUCUCCUUGAGUCAACUGACUUUGAAGUAAAAUAAAUGAAUAAAUAACACUUAUUUUCUUAAUAACAUUUGCAAAGUUAGAAGUCUUAAUGUACUUUUUUCUAUAUAAAUAUAUCUAUACACAUUCACUUUAAGGUUUAGUGGUAUAUAUAUAUAUAUAUAUACAUACUUGGGCUGCAGUGAAGGGGGUGUGCAUUUCAUAGAAG